AGUAGAUAAACCCAAAGCUUUUUAUCCUCACACUCCAUUUCCUUCUCCCUCCAAAAAAAAACCAUGCCCACCUCAUCCUCCAUUCACUCCUUUCCUUCUUCUCUCAUUUCCAAACCCCUAAAACCCUUAAAACCCUCAUUCCUCACCACCUUCUUCCCCAAAACCCUGACCCUAACCUGCACCACAUCCCAGCCCAGUAAAAGACCCACCUCCAAAAACAGCAGGAAAUCAUCAUAUGGUACCUCCAGAAGGUCUAGUCUCAAGAAAACCUUCAACCAGGAGCAAGUUGUGUUCACUGCUCCCGUCUCCGACGACCCCGUCGUCGCGAUUAUCGGCGGAGGGAUGGCCGGUCUGGUUUGUGCCUUGAAUUUGGAGAAGAGAGGGGUCCGGUCCACGGUUUUCGACACGGGGAUUCAUGGUUUGGGAGGACGAAUGGGAACCAGAAUAAUUGACCCUCAGCCAUUGAUAUUUGACCAUGCGGCUCAGUUCUUUACAGUGAGUGAUUCUCAGUUUGCUGAGUUGGUGGAUAGCUGGUUGGAGAAAGGUCUGGUUCAAGAGUGGCAGGGUAUAAUUGGGAAGCUUGACGUAGGUGGUCAGUUUGUUUCACUUCCUUCUUCACCUCCAAGAUAUGUAGGUGUUAAUGGCAUGCGCCCCCUUGCUGACUCAUUACUGUCUGAGACUUCUUUGGUUAAUGUGGUGAGACCUUGCUGGAUAAGUAAACUUGAUCCAUUUAAUGGGAUGUGGUACUUGAGUGAAAACGGAAAACCUCAGGGACAGUUUGAUGCGAUUGUCAUUGCACAUAAUGGAAAGUGUGCAAAUCGCUUGCUUGCAUCGUCAGGCUUGCCACUAAUUGCAAGACAGAUGAAGAGGCUGGAAUUAAGUUCUAUAUGGGCCCUCCUUGCAGCAUUUAAGGACCCUCUUCCUAUCCCAGGUGGUGCAGCUUCAUCUCCUUUUGAAGGAGCUUUUGUCAAAGGGGUUGAUUCUGUCUCAUGGAUGGCAAACAAUACCAAGAAACUUCUGCAUUCCCAAAGCAGUGGCCCUCACUGUUGGACCUUUCUUAGUACUGCAGCUUAUGGAAAGCGGAACAAGGUUCCACAGGAAAACAUCCCAAAUGCAACAGCAGAGAAGGUGAAGGCAGGCAUGCUUGGGGGUGUUGAAGCUGCGCUUGGGUUACCAAAAGAAUCACUUCAGAAACCAUUCUAUACCCGUGUUCAGUUAUGGGGUGCAGCUCUUCCAACUAAUACACCUGGCAUCCCCUGCAUCUUUGAUCCUCAGGGAAGAGCUGGUAUAUGUGGUGAUUGGUUACUUGGUUCAAGUUUAGAAUCAGCAGCCUUGAGUGGAAUGGCUCUUGCCAAUCAUAUGGCAGAUUAUUUCCAAGGUGGUGGAGCUCGUCCUGAAGAGUUUGCUGUUGGUUUAAUGAAUGAGUUUCGACCACUUGGAGGACAUGAUAUUGGACAAUUUCCAGGAUUGGAGUCUGAAAAACAAACAAAUGAGGCUCAGGCAUAUGAACUUGCCUCUUGAAGUUGUACUAGACCAUGAAAAUUAUUAUAGUUUUGUGCUAGAGGAAUAUCUGUUACUCAGCAGCUCAUCACCCCAGGUGUAUUGGUUUCUCAGCUCCUUGAAGGAAAUUUUAGACAUCUGGAGUUCAGGGGAAGAGAUAUCACGAUAUUAGUAUCUCAGUUCUCCCAAAUUCCAGCCCAAGUAUGUGAAGCUUAGACUGGCACAAGGGCACCGACUACUCUACCAAUAAUAGAUUUUCAAGACUUAAGCAUGGAAUUGGAAGCUAUUCAAGAUCUUCAAUAAUGCAUGAAAUGGAAUUAUUGUGUGCACUUUGUUGGAUAGUUUUGGUAGAUGUGAUGAUAAUGUAUUUAUUUUAUUUUUGAGAUUUUGAUAGUUGCAAUAGGGGAGAGGGAAUUUGAACCUUGCACCUCUCUGUUACACCGUUUCAGAUUUUGUAUGAUCAAAUUUUAGAUUUUUUAUUCUCAUCAAUUUCAGCCUUUCAGUUCAA